UGUUAGCUUCUUAUCCUCAGCACAGCCCAAGUCAUGUCAUGUUGAUGUUUUAAGCAGAAUUCAAUUUGUUGAAUUCGAAUUUUUAAAGUUGGACAUUCUUAUAUUUGCUAAAAAAAAGUCAACAAAUCAGUUUUUAAAAAUUGCAACCAACAUAAUUAGAAUUUGACAAGUGGAAUAAAAAAAGGGUGAUACACAAUCAAAUUUAGCAAAUUUGAUAAAUCGAAUUCAACAAAAUGGGUUGUGUCUCCCCCCAUUACUUUUGAACCCAAAGUUCGAAUUCGAGAAACUUGGUUGUGUAUUGCCUGUUUAACAAAGCAGGCAAGCAAAUAACAUAUCGCAUGAGCAAUUUUUUUCCAAUAUCUUAAGGAAUUCCUGCCUCAAAAAUCAUUUUUUAUAUGUUGUGGAGAAUAAAAAGUUGUUUAUAUCAAGCCCUUUGGAAUUUUUUUAAAAUCUAUUUUUUCGUUCUCAAAUUUUUUAAGAUUUUAAAUAUUCAAUAUCCAGGAUCUUAUGAUGUCAUAAGUAAGUUUUAAAAAAUCCUGACAUCACAUUUCUACAUUUAAUUAAAGAUGAGGUCAUUCUUAAACUACAAAACUAUGAAGUUUUGAUAUUAAGUAAAUUUGCAAGAUAUCUCAAGUAAUAAUUUAUGCUUACUACCUUAUUGCAUCAUCAAUGAUGAUGUCAUAAAGGUCAACUGGAAAUCUUUGAAGCCUAAUAAAUAAAUGGAUAAAUUUAGGCGAGUAUUUAAUUUAGCGACUGACUAAAAUGAAAUAUUUGGCAGGGAUUUAAUUUGGCGAAUGAUCAAUUUUUAAAAAUUUGGCGAGGAUUUAAUUUGGCAAAUACAAAAAAAUGUGUAUUUUGAUGGGGAUUUAUUUUGGCGAAUGACAAAAAGAAAUGAAUUUUUAUGUCUUAAAAUGUUUUAUAGAAAAUAAGAAUAUACGUAUAUAUAAACACAAGAUUUACCUGUAACAAUACUCUUUAUAUUUGUAUUAUUAAACUUGUAAAUAUAAAAAAAUCGUUUUUUGGGGGAAAAGGUAUCUUGAGAACGAAAAUAGAUUUUUAAAAAAUCAGGGGGUUACUAUUUAAAUUCUAAAAACUUGAUAAAUAAUUUUUUAUUCUCCACAACAUAUAAAAAAAUCAUUUUAAAGGCAGGAAUCCCUUUAAAUAUUUGUAAUAAAAUGUGGAAAUAAAAUAAAAAUAUGCUUGAAAUGUAAUACCCAAAUAAAAAUAAUUUCAGGCUGAACAGGUGAUAAAAAUAAGAACAUCUUUGAAUUUCCUGGUUCUCAUAAAAAGUAUGAGUGAAAAAGCCUUUAUCAUGUUGAUGUUUAACUACACUUGAUACUACUGCAAUAAAAUGUAAAAUGAUUUUUAGUAAUGCAAAUAACAUACAAUAGGUCAAUCAGAAUAAUUAUCGCGAAGGAAUUUUUUCGUGAUUUUGCAAGAAUAAUUUUUGCAAAUGGGUAUUACCAAAAAUAGCUCUUAAUCCCUUUUACAUUUUCUUACUUUAAAACAAUCGUACGCGAUUGUUACGCGAAUGGUUCGACAAAGCAAAUGUCCGAGUUACUCAAGCCCGACCCCAGCACAGACAGCGCAGCGCCGUUGGGAAGUAUAUAGUCCUGUUUAGCGGAAUUCUCCAAUAGAUAUGCAUUGUCCAGCCAGUAGUUACGACAGUUACCAGUAUAAAAUAUGUAAGCGUUGUCACAAAAUGUUUUUUUUUCUGAAACAAAUAUUGCACUUAGCCGACCUAAACAUCCAUAAGGACUUAUUCAAAGAGGAUGACUUAUUUGUCAGAAAUUUUGUUCGGGGUGGGGGCUUACUUGAGUAGAUUUUUUCUUGCAAAUCAUGCGGAACUUACUUUCGUGAUUUUAGUCCUAAAAAACUAGGUGUGGUUAUACUAUCCUGUCUGUCAUGCAUGAAACAUGUCAGAAAAUUGACAAGGUUUAGAUUUUUACGAUAUUAAACCUGCCUCGCAGCCGAUAGUUCAUUGAGCUAAAAUCCUAUGACAUCACCGUACGCUUAUGAGAACAACGGUGGUUUUGUAUAACAAGUUUACUUAUUUGCUAUUUUUAACUAGUAUUAUACCUGGUGUCUAUCGAGGGCUAGCAUGGUUGGACCUUCUGAGCGAAUAAAGUUGCAAAAUAGAUCAUCUAUAAUUCUGUAUUUAUAAAAUAUUUUCUUCUGUAUACCUUUAACACUUUUUAAAUAAAUUAUAUGGUCUUUCAAAUUGAGGUCAGGGGGAAGUUUCCUCCAAUGAGGAUUCUGUGUUAACGAUUGGCCCUUUCUUUUUUUGACUGUAACUAUUGUUACAUAAAGCACUAUGUAUCUCUGUAACAUAACCUUAACAUUCUUGUCUACCUUACAUAGUCGGUACACUAGCAAAACUCCGUUAUAGCCUGGUUGACGUAAUGCAUUUAAAAAGCAAACAAAAGAGCCGGCAACCUUGUGUUUGCUCAAACGAAUGCACUACAACCGCGCUAGCGGCGCGGACAAUGCAACAGCGUACGUAGUUUCCAGCUUUCGCAGAUAGUUGGCAACAGUUUUCCUGGCGAUUCGAAGCGAACGCCAGUGUAUACUGAUACAUGUGUUUGUUUUCGCGAACGACAAAAUAGGAAAUUUUGCGCUAAUAAUUAUAGGCGAACCUGUCCGUCACACAAGCUGACGCGCUGCCAAAUUGUCGUUACAGAUUAGUUAUCUGCGGUUGCUAGCAUUUUUAAGCCGAAUUAAUAUAUUGAAGGAUAAAUCUAGAUUGCAAAGGACAGAAGACUAAGUUUUAUCAAAGAUAUUUUAGCAACACUGGAGAUGGUGACGAAGAAUUUAGAGCAAGUUCUUUUUCUACUUGAUUUUGUAGUUGUUAAAUAACUCCAACUUGUGUCACUUUGUGCGAAAACAUAAGAAACAAAAAAUUUGUUUUAAAAACAGAACAUUUAGGACAAAAUAAAACACUGACGUCGACUAACAACAUUGCUACAAACGCAAUUGUACAAAAUGCUAAAUUUGAGAUCCUUAUUCAGCCAACCCUUAUUCUUAAUGGUCAAUAUUUCGCCAUUGAAGAAAAAUUAGGUCAAUAGUCCAGCAGUCUAUUAUAAAAUUCAUAUAAAGAACAACUUGCUAAAUUUUCUAAGAAUUUUAUUAACCUUUAUACACGGUGCUUGUGAAAUGUUGGAUAAAUAUUGAUAUUCAACAAAAGUGAGCAUGCAAUAUCUGUUGUAUUACAUACCCAAUUGACGUUGUUUGUUUUGAAUUAAAGUUGCGUUUUUAAAAAUGAAAAAUGCGUUCAUACACAAAGUCAUUGCUUCAAUUAUUUUGGAAUACUUUUAACCAAUCAGGUAUAAUAAUUAAAAAGAAGUAAUGCUUGAACGAUUUGAAUGAUUGAAAUCAACAUGAAAUUGAUUAAUUCCAUAAAAUAAUAGAAGCAAAUAUAUAUCAUGAAUUAUUCGAUAGAUGGUUUUAUUAAAAUAAAAAUUCCCGUACUUUUUCUUUUUCUCUGUUCAUGCCGAAAAACGAAGCAGGUGUCACAACACGACGUUAUUCAUUCGCUGUUUAUCACGCUUGAACGAACUCGAUAAAACAGUUAAAACAAAAAUUUGCAACAGCGAAAAUAAUAAUAGAUCUAGUAAUUUACACAUGAAAAAAAUAAUUCAUGCAAUUUAUUUUUGAUAAUAUGUAAAUAUAUUUUGUAAAAUGGUAGAUGGACCAAUUGAAAUUGACAUUUAAUAGGAUAAUAAAGAAAUAUGAUUGGUGUUUUGAGUGUGUUUUUAUUUUGUUUGUUUUCUAAAAGAGUUACGAGUUUGCGCGAUGAAAUUGGAGUUGUCAGAGAGGAAUGGAGAGAUGUACAAGGAGACUCAUUGCAGAAUCUAUUAGCAGAUUCACGUUUUCCUCACAGACCAACAAUAGUUAAAUUCAUUAAAAGUUUCGAUGCACCAGUGGACGAAGAAAAUACAAAUCAAAUCAAAAACAACGCACAAAGGAUCAAAGGUUAUUUCGUCGCACCACAAGAUGGUGAAUAUAAAUUCUACAGCAGCUGUGGAGGAACGUGCGAAGUAUUUCUUGGAAUGAAUGGUAUGGAAGGUGAAAAUAAUCGUAUCAUAUCACAAUCAAAAUCUAGUAAAAGAAAUGAAUUUAAUAGGUAUCCUGAACAAGUGUCACAUACGAUCGCACUUGAAAAAGGGAAGAAAUAUUACUUAGAAGCUAUCAGUAAACAGGAAGAUUCCGAUGAUAAUUUAAGUGUCGGUGUUGAACUUCCUGAUGGGAAAAAAAUGUUUCCGAUACCUGGAAGCUUACUACGAAAGUCAAAAGUUUCCUCAGAUGAAGAAGCUGAUAAAAAUGACGCUAUUAGCGAAAAAAUCAUUGUACCAAAAAAAUCUGAUUAUGAACAUCACAAGUACAUAAAAAAACAUGAAGCAACAGUGACUGGUGUAAACCGGGCCUUACAUCAUACUCACAAGGCUCAGAAUAACGCACCUGUUGUAGACUUCGAGGGAAAGAAAUUUAGUGAUAAAGAUGCUAUCGAACCAGGUAUAAAUGUAUUUUCUGAUGAAAAAGAAGAUUCGAGUAAUGAACCGAAAUACGACGAGGAUUCCUCUGGCAACUCAAGUCCGGAAAUGGAAAAAGGAGAUGUUGAGUUUUCAGUGGAAGACAAAGUGUCCUCGCCAAAUUUAAACUCAGAUAAAAAGGACGAAAAAGACGGAUCACGAAUGGUUGAAGCAAAUAUUGGAAGUGAAAACCAAUCUUUAGCUGAUGCGUUAAAACAUCAUGCAAAGAUGUCAAAUUUAAAGCUUAUCAUGCCAGGUGGUCAUGAAAUAAAAUUAACAGGGAAGAAAAAGAUGAAAAAUGAGGACUCAACAGAUGAAAGCGAGUCAGUUACCAUUGAAGGUGGAGCUUCUAACUUAAACAAUACCCUUGCAAACAGCAUUGUCAAGGCAAUCCAGGACAUCAAUUUUACCUCUAAGAAAACAAAAACUACUCAUGUUAUAGGCGAAGGUAAAGCGAAAGGUCACACUCGUAGCUAUUACGGUGAUGGUCUUGGUCAUGCUGGAGGAGGGUUUGGGGGAGAGGCUCCUGGAUUUGGAAUGGGUCAUAUGGGAGAUAACCAUGGGGAAGGAAUGGGCCAUGGUUUUAAUGAAGGUGGUCCUCUUCCGAUGACAGAUCAUGCUAUGUUACCACUUGAUCAUGGAGCAAUGCCAGAAGGUCAUGCACACGGGGUACCGGAGAUGCACCACACAGGAGCUGUAGCAAUGGUACCUGCCCUUCUUCAUCAUGAUCAUUCUGAGUAUGAUCAUGAAACUGGUGAGUUACAUGAAGGAGGUACUCACAUUGAACCUUUAGUUCCUAUUCACGGAGGGGAUCAUGGAGGUGGCAUGGGAAUGGGUCAUGUAGGGUCAGAUAGGAUAGCAGGUCACGGUGGUCCUGAUAUGGGAAUGGGCCAUGGAGGAGGGAUGGAGCACUCCCUUGGCAUGAUGCCACCACACGGUAUAGAUAUGGAUCAUGGUAUGGGAGAUCAUCAUAUGCCUGAAAUGCAUGCGCCAAUGCCGGAUGUCCACCACGAUUAUCAUCACCACUUAGAACCAUUGCCUGUGAUGCCAGCUGCUCCUGUAGCUCCUGCAAAGCCACAUAAACCAGACGUGAUCAAAGUGGAGUUCGUUCCAGAGGAAGCAACAGUGGAAGCAGUUAACAAAUCUAAGAUUGGUACCCCUAGCAAAAAAGCUGGUACUGUAAGAGUCCAAUUUAUACCAGGCGAUGGUCCUUCAGAGACACCAACCCAGGACGCAGCAGCGCGCCACAAUCCUCCAAAGGAGUCUUCUACCGCACAGAGUAAGGAGCCUCCUGUAAGUAGUAAACCCCAAACAUCGACAUCGAGUAUUCAAGAAAAAGUAAGUCAAAUGAUGCAAGCAGUAACGAGUAAAACUGCCAACAGUCCUUCACAUGACCAACAUGCUACAACCAAACAAAAAUCCAUCAAUGGUUACGAAGCCAACCCGACUUUACCUGGAGAAGCGAAGUCUGUUGACGUGAGCAAAGAAACAUUAAAACCACAGUAUGAUAGUUCCAGUGUUACCCUAAGUAAUGAGGCUACGAAAUUUGUUGGCGGUAGCAGUGGAGGUGGUGGAGGAGGUGGUGUUGGUGGCGGAGGUGGUGGCGGAGGCGGAGGUGGUGGUGGUGAAGCAAGAUUUAUGUCUGAAAGAAUUGAUCCACCAUUAACUACAUUGGGACAAAAAUAUCAAGAAGCUUUGCAAGGAGAUCAAAAAGCUGCUAUCGCAAGUGAAGAAAAAGCUGAAACCGCUCAAGGUCCAGACGAUCGUGUGUACUUUGGAGGGGGUCCGCAAUUAGCGCAACCAGAUCCGACGCCAACAGAGCAUUCUCCAUCCACAGAAGCACCGGGGAAUGAACCCGGUUAUCACGGACCAGUAAUUAAUCCUAUUGCUAAUCAUUUGGUUGAAGCCAUGAACCAGAAAGCUGUUUCCACCGAAGAAGCUCUGCAAAUGAUGAAUGAUUUUGUAUCUGGUAAUCAAGAUAUGAAUAAAGCAGCUAAGAAUAUGGAAGGGAUGCUCAGUCAAAUCUCUUCACAACGCCAUGCAAUGCAACCUAACCCAGAAGACAUGGUUCAUACAGCUCCCUUAUCGCAUCCAGAAGAAACAGCACAUUUUAUAAACAACCCGGAUCAAGUCAACCCAAAUUUAGAAACAGGCCUUACAAAUCCAUCCUAUCCAACAUUACAUCCUAAUGGAGCUGGAUUUAAUCCCGAACCCAGCUCAGGGUUGUUCAAUGAACAUAACGAACAAUCUACACCUGCUUUUCAAUAUACAGGUAGUCAAAGAGAUGAACCGCACGAACCACCAACAAUUAAUAGCGGUCCAAAUAUUAUGGCCCAAAUAAAUCAGGCUUCACCGGAUGGUCCACCACCUCCGGUACACAUAUUUGAUAAUGAUAAAAGCAACUCUCCUUCUUUGGAGCAUACAAGUGAAACGUCUGACAACAAUUUCAACAAUAACAAUAACAACUACAACAACAAUAACAAUAAUAACAACGAAAACAGUAAUAACAACAUGGUUGUGGAACCAAUUCAUUCUAGUUACGAUGGCUUUGCAAAUCCUUCUUUUAAUAAAGAAAUACCAUCUCUCCCGAGCGACAAUGCAUUGAACUCCAUAAUAAAUAAAAUAGAUCCACACGAUGCCGGAAGUGAAGCAAAUCAAGAAACUAUAUUUAAAUCCAAUGGUGGGGAAUCGACGUUUCUUCCACACGACAUUCCAAACGAUCAAACUUUAGUCCAACCAGAAUCCAUGCCACAAGUAGAUUUUCCACAAUCCGCGCAGCAAGGUCCACAUCAAGAUGCAAUGGAGCACCAGCAAACGGAAGUUAGCAGCAAUCUGCAGCAGCCUUCUUCUCAACAGGAAGUAAGCAGUGCUUUGCAACAACCUAUCCCUCAACAGGAGGUAGCUGGUGGAAAUAGCCAAUCGUUUACAAGUCCUCCUGGUACAGAAAUGCAAUAUAAUGACAACUCAGAAGCUGAGUUACCACAAGGGCACAUUGUGGAGACACAAGGUAAUUUCCAAGGUGGCGAUUUUGGUGGAUUCACGGAAGAUGCGUCAAACUUUGCAAGAAAAUUUCAAAUGCCACAUAAAACUGCAGCCUUGAAAAAUCACAAUCAGCAAUUUCAAAAAUCUAAAACAAAGGAGCAGACUGGCAAAAGAAAACACGAGGUGAUAGCUGAUUUUUAUGCUGACUCUAUAUUUCCUGAAGACUUCACAGACAUCGAGAGUUUAAAAGGAAGUUUACAAGGAAAGACGUUAACAAAUUUUGAUAGACAAGUUGAACAUCAUGUAACAGGAGCACGAAAGACUAUAAAGAGAGUGCAUUCUGAGAUCAAAGCGUCUUAUCCACUGGAAGGUAGAGUGACCAAAAGUGAGAUUGGAGGCUCCACUACCCACUUAAAAGCGCCAAGGAAACUUACGUUGUUGAAGGAACGCGUUUAUAAAGAUAUUAUAAGGAAGAACAAAGGCAAAGGUAAAAACGCAAAAGCUCACAACGAAAAAAAGACUUUCGUAACACGUAAAAUUAAACAUCGACGUCACCGCAGGUCAGUUGAAAUGGCGAAACAAUCACCGGUAGAUGCUAAACAGCAGCCGAAUUUUCGGAAACAAGAAAACAGUGUAAUCCGUCAUUUUGAAACUUCGCCUAAAUACGCUCCUCGCAAAUCUUCAAAAUAUUUAAAUCAUAAUUUCAACAACCAACAUCCGAUCCAACGUUUUCAAAGAAUAAACAGUCUAGGUGUGAAGUCAUCUCGACAAACUGCAGGCUCUACUGAUAACGCAUUUAAACCAAGAGUUGCCGAGCCCAAAUUUCACCCAUAUAUUAAUUCGCAAAAAUCAGGACAUUUCACACGACAUAAUAAAUUAACUGAUAGUGAACCCGAAGAAAUAAGGGAAGAUGAAGAGGCUGCAAUGCAAAAUACGCGGGUAAAUGCAGAACCCACUCCGGAAAUUAAACAAUCAAAUUCGAUGUAUCCAGAAAAAACAGAUUGGGCUGACAUCCUUCCAGCUCACCAUCUUAAAACAAACAAAGUUGUUGAAUUGCCAUUGGAAUCUCAUGUUGGAGUGAUAAACGCACCGUCGACUGAUGCAGUUGCGGACUACAAAUCAAGUCAUGUAAACCAAGAGUCCUCACAUAACGUGAAUGAAGAUACGCUCCGACCACAACAACCAGAGAAUGACCGUGCCACGUUAAGAAGGCUUGUCUCCGAGUUAAAAGAUGUUCUUCAUCGAAUUCACAACGCUAAUCCGAAGACACAUAAUCCUAUAGAAGAUGCAACAGUAAAAUCUGCAACUAAUGUACUUGAUGAGCCAGACAUAACCCAGUUCGAGGCAAUUUCAAAAGGUGAUUUGUUAUCAGCAUUCGCAAACGUGGGCAAACCUCAACCUAUUCAUAGCGUUGACAUAGAAAGCUAUACACAGGAUGUUUGGGAACCAGGAUUGAAAGGAAUGAUGGGUGACUCUUUAUACGGACCAAGUGCCACGUUUAAACGAGGAAGUGUACCCAACACAAACAACAUCGAAGAAAAAAUAAAACAAAAACAUUUUCAUAAUGAAAUAAAAGAUAAAUAAAAAACGUAAGGUAAAAACAAUAAUAAAAAUCAUAACGCCAGUGUAAGAAACUGCUGAAGUAUUUAUUAACAAACACGCACACGCAGAGAAUGACCGUGGGAAUAAGGGACAACGCACGCGUACACGCAUGAGAUACGCGACAACACACACGCACACCCACGCGCAUUGGCGAGAAGUGAUGUAACUGACAGCGCAAAAUGCGUGGAAAAUGAGGAAACGUUCAUCUAGCAGUGACGGACGUAACUAGUUUUAACUUAAAAGAAGUGCGUGAUUCAAGAUGGUAGAUGCAUUUCAACACGUGACACAAGAUGGCGGAUUUUGUAAAUAGCUGUUUAAUAGACAUCAUAAUUAUAAAUUAACAUGUACUUACCUAGCAUUAUAAAAUAUAGAUUUAUUUUUAUAAUAAUUUACCAUAAAACUUA